AAACCUUUUUUUCUCGAAGCGGACAUCGAAUCACGUGCCAGGGCUUGCAGGUCCUGGGCCAAGUUUCUUCGUGUCAGACCAUCCACGGGGAUUCAGGCGUAGGCAGCCCACGCGGUCCAACCCACCCGCGCGCGCAUCUCCGCACGCUGCGUAACGAACUCCUCAGCGAGGAUGGACGGGUAGCAGAUAGGAGGCAUGGGUAAAUGUUCCGUCUUUAAUUGAUUAAAGGCGCAGAUGAGGACCACUUCAAGCGACUUCUUUCACCCCAAUCAGGGAUUUUUUGAGGACUAACUGAUUUUAUUUGAUCACUUACGAACAAAGGAAAGACAUUGAUUGUGUGGAGAGAAAGGGAAGAAAGAAAGGAAAGGGAAGGUCCAGGUUGCUGAGAAAGGCUGGGUGCGCUAGAACGUCGGAAAGUCACAGAUCAUGCUUAUGGGAACACCCGAUUCCGUCUUGAUAAGAGUGGCUCUGCCUGAUGCUCUAUCAUGACUGAUGGCGAAGGGAGAGCGCGCUUUCAGUACGAAGGGUGCCAGGAGCAGGGGGAGGUGCAGGAGGACGUGAGGCUUUCUGUAACGGAGGCCGACAGGACCAACUCCCCAGGUCACAAUGUUGAUCCAGAAGGACAAGGAGGAGGAGGCCAGGAAGAGGAGCAGCAGCAGCAGGAGGAAGAGAAGGAGGAGGAGAAGGUGGAGAAGAAGAGGAGAGGGAGCUGUAGUGGUCAAGGAGAAAGGAGAGAUGAAUGGAGCACUGAAGUUAAGGAAUGUGAGGAGGAACAGGAGCCAGAGCUGGAAGUGGAAGCUGGGCCUACCCUGGGAGUCCGCAUCACAGCUCCAAUCCGUGACCCAGACUGUGUGUCCGAGGAGGAGGAGCAGCAGCCGUAUCCAGCCCUAUCUCCUGUGGCCUUCUUCUGCCUGAAGCAAACAACGAGGCCCCGCAACUGGUGUCUUCGCAUAGUCUGUAACCCGUGGUUCGAGCAUGUGUCCAUGCUGGUGAUCCUGUUAAACUGUGUGACUCUGGGGAUGUUUCAACCUUGUGAGGACGUUACCUGCCUGUCAGAGUGGUGCCGCAUCCUACAGGUGUUGGACGACUGCAUCUUUGCUUUCUUUGCAGUGGAAAUGGUCAUCAAGAUGGUGGCCCUUGGAAUUUUUGGCUCCAAUUGUUACCUAGGUGACAAAUGGAACCAGCUUGACUUUGUUAUUGUCAUGGCAGGGGUGAUGGAGUAUUCUCUGGAUGGCCACAAUGCCAGUCUGUCAGCCAUCCGUACCGUUCGAGUGCUUAGGCCACUGCGGGCGAUUAACAGAGUACCAAGUAUGAGGAUCUUGGUAACGCUGCUUCUGGACACCUUACCCAUGCUGGGAAAUGUGCUCCUUCUUUGCUUCUUUGUCUUUUUUAUCUUCGGCAUUGUGGGAGUCCAGCUCUGGGCCGGACUGCUGCGCAACCGCUGCUUCAUGAAAGAAGAAAUAAUAAAAUUUUACAACCUCUCCAUAAAUCCUUACUACAUGCCUGAAGAAGGUGAAGACAGCCCGUUCAUCUGCUCAGCUCCCCGCGAGAACGGGAUGCUGCGCUGCCACGAUGUGCCACCCUUCACCCAGGGAGGAGAGGAUUGCUCACUGUCUGCUCCCCACCAAAGAUCUGCUCUGAUUGGUUCACCACCAGGAGUGGGUGGGGCUAGCAAUAGCAACUGUGUUAACUGGAACCAGUACUACAGUGACUGCCUCCCCGGGGACCACAACCCCCACAAGGGAGCAGUUAACUUUGACAAUAUUGGCUAUGCUUGGAUAGCCAUAUUCCAGGUCAUCACACUGGAAGGAUGGGUGGACAUCAUGUAUUAUGUCAUGGAUGCUCACUCCUUCUACAAUUUUAUAUAUUUUAUACUGCUUAUUAUUGUGGGCUCUUUCUUCAUGAUCAAUUUGUGCCUCGUGGUCAUCGCCACCCAGUUUUCUGAGACAAAGCAAAGAGAGAAUGCCCUGAUGAGGGAGCAGCGUGCUCGCUACAUGUCAAAUGACUCAACUCUGGCCAGUUACAGUGAGCCAGGCUCAUGCUAUGAGGAGAUGCUACGAUAUAUUAGUCAUCUUUACCGGAAGUUCAGGCGCAGGCUGCAGAGAAUGUACUAUGGAUGGCACAGCAAACGCCGUAAAAAGGUGAACCCUAAUGGCAGUGGCAUUGGCAGCAAUGGUGGUGGAAAUGGGCAUGGCCAAGGUUCUAGCAGGGGUCCAGGGCCUGGCACUGCAUUGUGGCUGAGGCCAAUUCAUAACCUCCUGCAGCAUCAUCAGCACCAACACUGUCACCUCAGCAACGGCGGGCAGCACACAAUCAACACCACAACUGCUGAGCACAUGGACCAGGAAAGCCAUGUUGAAGGAGGGGAGGAUUUGGAGAUGAAGUCUCUUUCUGUUACAAGAGGAAGUACAAACAGAAGUAGCGGCGAUAAUCCUACUGUUGUCUCUCAGGGAAUGGGACCACUGCUUGGCCGGCUGAACGGGGGCAUGAACUAUCCGACCAUUCUGCCAUCUUUUGUGUGCAGCUACAGCAGUAAGACACCACCUACCCACUCAAAGCAGUGCGGGCGCAGUCCGGAGCAACAUCCAUUGAACCACCCAACAUCUGAGCACACAGAGGCGCUGAACAAGCUCUACCAGCUCAUGGGACAGCACAGUCGCCAGAGGCUGCUGUUUCAGCUGGCAGGCGUGGUGCCCAGCCCUCUGCUUUUAGAGUUGCUUAGCUGCCCUCUGUGUGCUCGCAGCCUUGAGACCCUGGAACUGGAACUAGGAGACCUGGAGGGGGGCAAAGGAGAGGCUGAUGGACUAAACAACUUUCAGCAGGGGGGUGAUCUUCGAGGAUUCAGAAGUCGAUUCCGAAGAUGUGGGGUUGUGGAGUACAGAAACGGAGCUCUUCGGGCUUGGAUAGACUUUAGGGAAAAACUGAAGAGAAUUGUAGAAAGUAAAUACUUCAACAGGGGGAUUAUGAUUGCCAUUCUCAUUAAUACCCUCAGCAUGGGAAUAGAGUAUCAUGAACAGCCCGAGGAACUGACUGAUGUGUUGGAGAUUAGUAACAUUGUUUUUACCAGCAUGUUUGUGCUGGAGAUGGGCUUCAUGCUUCUUGCUUUUGGUUUGUUUGGAUACAUCAGAAACCCUUACAACAUAUUCGACAGCAUCAUUGUCAUCAUAAGUGUGUGGGAGAUAAUCGGUCAAGCGGAUGGAGGGUUGUCAGUCCUGCGGACAUUUCGUCUGUUGCGUGUGCUGAAGCUUGUACGCUUCCUACCUGCCUUGAGGAGGCAGCUGGUGGUUCUGAUGAAGACCAUGGACAAUGUGGCCACCUUCUGCAUGCUGCUGAUGCUUUUCAUCUUCACUUUCAGUAUACUUGGCAUGCAUCUUUUUGGAUGUAAAUUCAGUCUAAGAAUGGAGAAUGGGGAUACCAUUCCUGACCGCAAAAACUUUGACUCCUUACUCUGGGCAAUCGUCACGGUAUUCCAGAUCCUUACCCAGGAGGACUGGAACGUGGUGCUGUAUAACGGCAUGGCUUCUACCUCUCCAUGGGCGGCUCUCUACUUCGUUGCUCUCAUGACAUUUGGCAAUUAUGUGCUCUUCAAUUUAUUGGUUGCCAUCUUGGUCGAAGGCUUCCAGGCUGAGGGCGACGCCAAUCGAUCAGAGUCAGAUGAUGAAAAGAAAUCUGACAAUUUUGAUGAGGACGAAAAAGUUGAACAGCUCAGAGACACAGAGCUUAAGAUGUACUCUCUGAUGAUGACAGCUAAUGGUCAUAUUGACCCUCGUGGCAUGAUGGCUCCUCCCAUAAUAAUGCACACAGCAGCCACUCCCAUGCCAACGCCUAAGAGCUCUCUAGGGCCCGAGUCCAUCUUAGGAGAGGAACUCAUGUACAGAGAAGGGAUAUCUCAUCAUGGAGAAGCUGGAUUGGGUGUUUCUGAGACAGCGAGUGGUCAUGUGGGGUCUCGGCGUGGAAGCUUAACAUCCAUGGAUCCAUCAGCCUAUGACCAGCAUUCUCUAAGUCUCUCAAGCCCUGGAAGACGCUCACCUCUUCCUCUCCGUGGUUCCAUCAGCUCAUGGGGAAGUCGGCGGUCCAGCUGGAACAGCCUGGGGAGAGCACCGAGCCUCAAAAGGCGAGACACCAGCGGAGAAAGGGAAAGUUUAUUGUCUGGAGAAGGUGGUGAAGAAGAAGAAUGCCAGGAAGAACUGGUGGAAGCUGGGGUAAACAACAGACUAAAGCUGGAGUCAUUAGAGCAGCUGCAGGCAUCUUCUCUUUGCCCUACCAUAAUUGCAGAGUAUGGCGACUGCAAUGGGAGGACUGUGGCAUAUGACACAAAUGGAAGUUCAGAUCCUAAAGAUGACUUCACAUCGGAUGAUGACUUAGAUGAAGACAGUCCUUUCUGCUACUGGAUCAGGAGGGAGCUCCAUAACAUGAAACCUCGCUGGUGUAAGGAACAUGAAAGCUGGACGCUGUAUUUGUUCGCCCCAGACAGCCCAGUACGUGUGUGGUGCCAAGCGGUGAUCACUCACAAAUUGUUCGACCACGUGGUUCUGGUUUUCAUCUUCCUCAACUGCAUCACUAUCGCUUUGGAGAGGCCUGAUAUACAGCCUCACAGCUCGGAGCGAGUGUUUUUAGGUGUGUCCAACUAUAUUUUCACUGUAAUCUUCCUAGCAGAGAUGGCAAUUAAGGUUGUAGCUCUUGGUUUCUGCUUUGGGAAUCAGAGCUAUCUUAAGUCCAGUUGGAACAUUUUGGAUGGAAUCUUGGUGUUUGUGUCUCUGGUGGACAUCCUGGUCUCUCUGGCCUAUACUGGUACCAACAGGAUACUGGGGAUUCUCAGAGUCCUUCGUCUUCUACGUACCCUUCGCCCUCUGAGGGUGAUCAGCCGUGCCCCAGGACUGAAGCUGGUUGUGGAGACUCUCAUCACCUCUCUUAGACCUAUUGGGAACAUUGUGUUGAUCUGCUGCGCCUUCUUCAUUGUGUUUGGAAUCUUGGGGGUCCAGCUGUUCAAAGGAAAGUUUUACCACUGUGAAGGUCUGGACACAAGAAAUGUCACAAACAAGUCAGACUGUCUACAGGCCAACUACAAGUGGAUACGAAGGAAGUACAAUUUUGACAACUUGAUUCAGGCUUUGAUGUCGUUGUUUGUCCUGUCAUGUAAGGAUGGCUGGGUCAACAUCAUGUAUGAUGGACUAGACGCUGUAGGGGUGGAUCAGCAGCCUGUGAGGAACCACAACCCCUGGAUGUUGCUCUACUUCAUUUCCUUUCUGCUCAUCGUCAGUUUCUUCGUCCUCAACAUGUUUGUUGGCGUGGUGGUGGAAAACUUUCACAAGUGCCGGCAGGAUCAGGAGGAGGAGGAGGCCCGUUUACGGGAGGAGAAGAGGCUCAAAAUGAUAGAUAAAAAGCGCAGGAGUAAGGAGAAUGGAGGGGCUGAGGCCAAGCAGAGACCGUACUACGCUGACUACUCUCCUUUGCGGCUGACCAUCCAUACUCUGUGCACAAGCCACUACCUGGAUCUCUUCAUCACUUUCAUCAUUUGCAUCAAUGUCUUCACAAUGAGCAUUGAGCACUACAAUCAGCCACAGUAUUUGGAGGAGGUUCUGAAGUACUGUAACUACGUGUUUACCAUUAUCUUUGUCAUCGAGGCUCUGCUGAAACUUGUGGCCUUUGGCUUCCACAGGUUCUUCAAAGACAGGUGGAAUCAGCUAGAUGUUGGGAUAGUUGCCUUGUCCAUUAUGGGUAUCACUCUGGAAGAGCUGAAAAUGAAAGCUGCUUUGCCAAUAAAUCCUACCAUUAUCCGAAUCAUGAGAGUACUGCGGAUUGCACGAGUGCUAAAACUUCUGAAGAUGGCAAAAGGAAUGAGAGCUCUGCUGGAUACGGUCAUGCAAGCACUGCCGCAGGUGGGAAAUCUUGGUCUCCUCUUCAUGUUGCUCUUCUUCAUCUACGCUGCUCUGGGAGUGGAGCUCUUUGGCAAACUGGAGUGCAGCGACAGCAACCCAUGUGAGGGUCUAAGUCGUCACGCAACAUUUGAGAAUUUUGGAAUGGCCUUCCUCACACUGUUUCGAGUUUCCACAGGAGACAACUGGAAUGGGAUUAUGAAAGACACUUUAAGGGAGUGCCAGCCACAUGAAAUCCACUGUCUAUCAUACCUACCCUGGAUAUCUCCGAUUUACUUUGUAACUUUCGUGCUCAUGGCCCAGUUUGUUUUGGUCAAUGUGGUGGUGGCCGUUUUGAUGAAACAUCUAGAGGAGAGCAACAAGGAGGCCAAAGAGGAUGCAGAGAUGGAUGCAGAGAUUGCACUGGAAAUGGAAGUGGAGAGACAACGCAGACAAAGCACAGAAUCCAACAAUAGCUCAGUGGGAGGGACUUAUAUUGGGCCAUGCCCGAAUUCACCUGAAGAGGAGGAAGACCUGCAGUACAAUGACCAGGACCCGCUAUCAUCAGGCAAGAUGUCUGUGUCCAGAAUGCACUCUCUGCCAAAUGACAGCUAUAUGUUUCAACCUGUGCGGCCUGCCAGUGCCCCCUACCCUUUAAAGGAGGUAGUUGCCAGUUCAGAGCACCAGCAUGCAGUCUCAGUGAUGUCGGUCCAAUCCCAGCCCUGUGAGAGCCGUUCUUUGCUGCAGGUUCCAGAUGUUUCCCCUCUUCUCCCCCUGUCGACUCCUACUCUUACUUUGCCCCGCAUUGCCCCACCAACACCCGGCCCCUCACCACGGGCCCUGCACAGACAGGGGGCAGUUAAAGCAGAUUCUGUGGAGAUCCAGAGCUGUGAGCAACAGGAAAGGUCCAACUCAGCCCAUCUGCCUCCCCGCUCCCCUUCUUCUCUCCCCCCAGUACACUCUCUGUCCUCCUCCCCCUCAGCCCUCUCCCUUCCCCCAUGCUCCCCUUCUCCCUCUUCUCUUCCUCCGUCGCCAUCCUUUCUCCUGGCUCUCCCAUCCCCUCCAUCUUUUCUCCUCCCCCCACCUCCCUCACCACGUCUGCCCUCUCGCUCCAGCAGUCUUCGCAGGCCCAGGGCUCCAUCCGCCAUUUCCCUCUCGGACCCGGCUGACGCAGAGGUGUAUCACAUCACAAGCUCGGCACGCCAUAGGUGGAGGGACGAGGAGGGAGGAGAACAGGAGAGCAGACGGAAGGCGGGCCGCAGCCACUCACUGUCCCCUUAUGCCUCCCCGCAUUGCCUCGAUUUGAUUCCCACUCUGCCCCCUCCAUCCAACAUGAGCACCUUCAGUCUGCUCGGGCCAGGAUUGAAGGAUGUCAAGAAAGGCUUCAGUGUUGACAACCAUGGCUUCCUGGAGAAGCCUCAAUCAGAACCAGCAGGUCAUGCGGAUGACCAGCGGCGCCACUCGAUUGAGGUUUGUCUUCCACAGGCCGUCAUAACCACUGACAGCCAAAUCUUUAUGCUUGAGACUCAUCGAUCAGAAAAGGGUGCUCAGGCUUUUCCAGUGAGGGUGCAAUCAGUUGGUGGCAGGCAAAGAAAGAAGAAGACAAGCCCUCCCUGCAUAUCUAUCCACCCACCCCCAGAGAGGGAACACUCCCUGCUUCCCUCACCUCCAAAACUGGCUGACUGCAGCAUGAUGCGGAGACGCAGGACACCAUCCAGCGACUUCACAUCGCACUUACAGUCAUAUUCACAAGACACACCUGCAGAUGCACACCUCAGCUUACUGAUGCAAACACCGCUAACACCAAUUCAUGUACCACUACAGGCGCAUUCAGCUACACACACACUGACCCCUUCACAGGGAUCCACCCCAUCACACACUCAGACACACACACCACCCCCUGACAUCCCCAUCAGCCCAAAAGUGUUCAUCCAGCCUCACGCGCCCCUUCUCCCAACCGUUAUGCCUUUUUCACAGACCGUUGUGAGGCACUCCCCACUCGCAGGAGACUGCAUCCCCCUCCCCCGAUUCACCUUUGACCAACCACAGUCUAGGUACACAGGCGAGCCAGAAUCUGCUGCCUGCUCUUCCCCUUUUGACAACAGACUGGGAAGCAGUCCAGGUUUCAGCGCAAAGAAUCGGAGGACCGCCCAGUGAACUUUCAGAGUUGCAUUUAGGAGAUGAGUUAUUCAGUUUAAACUCCUUAAAGGUGGAGUAGAAACUCCUCAGCUGACCUCAGCAGUGUUUGGUUUUGAAUAAAGAAUGAAUAAGAGGUUAUUUUGUUUGCAUUUGUUUAGUUAAAAAAAUAAAGACAUUGAUUCUUUCUAGAAAGAUGUGGGAACUGACUCCUCAUGGGAAAACAGGAGGUCGGAUAGAUCCUUUUUCUUGCUUAAAAAAACAAAAUCCAUCGAGGCUGGACAUUUCAAGUAUGGCUGAUCCCCUCACUACACAACAGGACUGAAGCCACCUUACUCUGUAGCCAAAGUUUUUUUCACACACUGUCCUCACCCACGCAAGCCAAUCAGGAAGCAGCGUCUGGCUGGUGACCGUCGACCCUUUUUUUUUUUUUUUUUUUUAUGGGGUAGGCGGUUUGUGAAACGCUAGCGUGGGAGGGGGAACGGUGGGAUAUGCAACUUCAGGUUUUCUGCAGAGGUUCUGCUCGCCCCUUCUCUGUUCCUCGAUCACAUUGAUCCGAGAGGAAAAGUGUAAAUGCGCUGUGCUACAUGCAAGGUCGAAUGUCAAAUCCAUUGUCACCGAAGUUGAACAUGUUGAUUCUUGUGACAACAGAGAGGGAGAGCACGGCGAAGCUGUAGUUUUUCUUUUGUCAAGUGUAAAUAAAAGAAAAAAAUACUGUAUUUGGUGAGAUUUAAAGAUAGCUCUAUCCAUAUGCACAUAUUUUUAUAGAGGUCUAUAAUGAUUUUGCACACACAUUUGAAUUUCAAGUUGCUCGUAUUUCCUCUGUUGUCCUCUUGUUAAUUUAUGUUUCUUUUGAAAGAUCCAGAAAGAGUGAUGUAGGCGAUUGACCCUCUUCUCAAACUGCAAGUUGAGGUGAAGGAGAGGGACUUUAUUUUUCUACUUUAACAAAACAUCAGAGGAGAACUGGUGUGUGAUGUGUUUUUCCGUAGUUUUGUCUCAGACAUUUGUGUAACUGGUGUCUCAACAACAGUCUGGAGAAGCAGGCUCAGUGGUGCAAACAAGUUCAUUUUAGAUGGAUCUAACCAAUAAAGAGAAGUAAAUGGUUAAAUCUUUGAUAAAACUCUAUAAGAACUUGGCACCAGUUUUUACAAGUUGAUUUUAAAGUUAGGGAUUUUUCAGCAAGCUUUAGAGGACAAAUGCUUGUACAUCGGUGUCUUGAUGAAAUUACAAACACCGGGUAUACAAAAUGUUCCUUGCAAAAAUAUUCAUAUCCUUUGAACUUUUCACUUUUUUCCCUUUUAACUUUUUCCAGUUUUCAGUUUGCCACAGGCCACAUAGACCACAGUAAACAUGGAGAGAAUGCAUAGGUUAAAUGAAACCAAAAUGCAUGUGUUUGUUUUGGUUAAUAUGCGAAAUGAAAUCUAAAACAGCACAUCACCUUAAACCACUAACCCCUUGGUAAUAUAAGGUGAUGUUGACAGCAUCAUACUAUGGAUUUUUUGUUUCUUUCAGCAGGGAAAGAAACACUUGUCAGAGUUUAUGGGAAGAUGGAUGAAGCCAAAAGUAGGACAAUCAAUAGGACAACUUAUACAAGCUGAAAUGACCUAAUUAAAGUUCAAACCUAAAUUCAACUGAGAAUAUGGGCCAAGAUUUGACAACGUAUGUUUUCAAACAUUCCCCGUUAACUUAUUUUACAAAGAGAAAUUAUAAAAGAAAAUUGAUCCAUUGAUGGGCAAAGCUUAUAGCAACACACUCAGAAAGACUUGCAUCCCAGCAACUUAGAGGGUCAGAAUACAUAUGCAAGCCACACUUUGUUCAUAUUUUUCAUAUGUAAAUCACAUGAUUUUCAUAUGUAAAACAAGCAAAAAACCACGAAUCAUGUUCUCUUAUCUUGAGUGAUGCCCAGUUGAGUUAAACUAUCCCUUUAUAAUACAUUAAAGUUGGUGGUUGUAAUGACAAAAAGUGAAAAGGUUCAAGGAGUGUGUGUAAUUUUGCAGGGCUCUGUAAAUAAGAAUAAAUACAAAGUGACAUAACUGAGCCUCUUUUCUGCUGCUGUGCUUCAGCUGGAUCAGCUCUGACACCUGUGUUUCUGUACAUCUAAAGACAACCAAACUAACUUUCUCAAUAUGUGUAGCCAGAGUGCAAUAAUAUAUAUACAUGUGGAAAAUACAGUGACAACCACACUACAUAAGACAUCCACAUCUUUGUAAUCAUACAUAUUGUAGAACUGUUCUAAAUAUAUGAUAGAAAAUAAUUUUUUUAUAUGAUGGUUGAGGGACAUUACUAUUUCUAGCAGUCAUGCUACUGUUGGUAUGCACAACCUCAUUGUGGCUGUGAUGGGGUGGGUGUGGCUGUGUGGUUAGGUACUAUAGAUUUUUUCCUCCAAAAGCUCAGGCCCACCUGCCCGAGGUGUUACUGUAAGCAAAAGAUCUCUCCUGAGGACUCAAUAAGCCAUUUGUCAUUCCACAUUUGUUUUCCUUUUUUUCUCUUUAGACCACCAAUUCACCAUUUAUAAUACAUCAUAUCUAUUUCCCCUACCAGAUAAAUAUUGCCACAGCUUCGUGACAAACACCUCAAACAGUUCUACUGGCUGAAUGUUGUCUUACAAAGCCAUUCUUAUACUCUGUCACAACACAAUAUGUAUUUGAUUUAGUUGUUUUUUCAGCACAGUCUGGUUUGGCAUAUGUGCAUGAGAAGAAUUUCAUUAUUUCAGAUGUCUAAAGACAGCUGGCUGGGACAGCGUUGUUAAUUUUAUUUUAUUUUUUGAUUGUAUUUUAUUUCUAAUGUUUUGUAGUGAUCAGUAUGACGCAUGCACAAGUCCUCAGUGACCUGAGUGAAAACCAAAGUGCUUUGAUGCUGUCUCUAAUUAAAUAAAUUAGAAGUUUAAAAUUGUUGUUUACCAACCAAACCAACACAUUAAAGGGCGAAUAUCAUCAUUUUCACAACUUUUCAAUUUCACUUGUGUUCACAAUUAUAGCUAACAGUAACUAUGCUCAUAUCUAUGUCCAAAAAGAGAUUUGUAAGGAAAAUGCCAAUGAAAGUUGCUCAAGAGUGACAUUUGGAACAUCAAACAUAGUCAUCAAUCUCUAUCCCAAUGGCCAGCUAGCACAAAACCUGUGACGGCAAAAUUUAAAGCUUACAUUUGAGCUCCUAAAUUAAACAUUUAUGUCGCAAUUAUCCAUUGGGGAGGAGGAAGUCAGGUAUCUUAGUUACUGUUUUCAGACCUACUCCUACAGGCUGGGACCCAAAUGCUCUGUGACAAGCUCACACUAGUUGUGAUUUGCCACUGGAAUUAACUAUGGGAAAAUUGUCAUCAGAAACAAAAAUUUUAUUUGAUUCUUGCAUUAUUCAAGUAAUUUCUGCUCUGGUUUUGACCAGUAUUGUAACUGUUAUGUGCUCUGGUGUGACCAGAAUACUUUGUUUGAGCAAGCUGUGGAGUGGCUGUGUAAAACAAGGGCAGUGAAGGGAAGUUGCUAAAAGUGUCAUAUUUCUACACAUAAUCAAUCCAUGUUUUAUGAUCAUGGUUAUGUUUAACUCCACUACACCUAAAUAGCUGUCCAAAAGACAGAGACAAUGGGUCAGGAUGUAAUUGUUCCUGAGACGUUUUUUCAAGGAAGGUAAAUAAUAACAUGUGACAUUGUUCAUUUGGCUCGCUGAAAAGAAAAUGAAUCUGGGCUUCAGGGUGAGUAAACAGACAGUUGGAGAGAGUCAUGACUGAUUAAAUUAAUCAGAAUAUGUUUUUUUUUUAUUGACAUAGGACACAAAAAUAAAGUAAAACAAUGCAUUUUCUUAUUUCAGAAACGUAAUGCUCACAAAGAACAAAUAACUCAUCUGGGAGCAGGUCUUUCUAACACAAAUACUGUUUUGGUGGAUGCAGAGAAAGCCAUCCUCUUCACCCUCAUGAAUCUCAUCCACUUUGUCUGCAUAGAGAAUCAUAGUGGAAAGUAAAAGUAUUCAAUCCAUCCUUCUCUGAAUUGUCAAUAAACAAUCACCCAUUUAUUCCACAUAAUGGUUUUUAUUUAUUGUCAAGGAAAAAAACACUUUUCUGUUUAAAAUUUUGUGAGUGCACUGCUGUUAAAUAUGUUAUAUCUUCCACUUUUGGUUGUGCCUUUCAAUUUUAGAGAGGCAGGCCUCUAGAAUCUCAGAAAAGUUCCUUUUAUAAAUACUUAUCUAAUUUGUAAAACAACAGAAAAAAACUGUGAUAUAUUUAUGUUUCAAUCACUUGAGAUUUUUAGUUUUUCAGACUCUAAAACAUGAUGACAUUUGCCCUUUAAGUAAGCAGGGUAUCUGCUGGUUUGUGUUGUUAAAACUGUGAAAAAUAUUUCUUUUAACCUCUUAGUUGAUGGAUAUUUAACACAUCUGACAUUAUUUUGGAGAUGGGUGAAUCGCCUUAAAUGGGCAGUUGGAAAUCGUACAGAUUUAGCUAAACACCAGAUCAGUAGUGAAAAUGAUUAUAGCUAUCAUAAUCACUCAGUCAUUACGUUUGGGUAUGCUCAUUCGAGAUUCCUCUCCCAUGUUGAAUGCAUGUUGAGUUCAAAAUGGUGAGAUAAACAUAAAUAACUAAUAA